AUGGCUAGUUUUAACUGGACGGAAAUAAGUGAUACGUGCCCGGAGUUCACUCUGAGCUCCUCGGAUUUCCUAUUAGCACUUGUUGCACUCGUCGGAUUUGUAAUGAAUUUUAAAUUACAACGUCGAUUCUUCAAACAACUAAAGGGGUCUGUGUUCCUCAUUAACCUGGCUGCUUGUGACACCGGAAUAUGUUUCAUUUAUAUUUGGAAAUACUUUCUUCCAAGUAUCGUCAUGUACCUGCAAAGUGACGUAGGACUAUUCUCAUCCCGGGAGAACUACAAUUCUCAGAUUCAGAUUCUCGGAGAAAUGCGUAUCACAUUCAGUUUCCAAGCAGAAGUUUUCAAUGCUUUCUACGAUACCGCUAUGAAUCUACUCAUUUUGUAUAUCGUCAUUGAAAAAUUAUUGUGGACCUGUCGACCAAGAACUCGACGAUUUUGGAGAUUAUUCACAUCCGCCGACUAUAAAUUCUACCUUGCCGUAGGUACUGUAUGCUUAUCUCUAAUUGCUGCAGUGUUUGUUGCAUGGAGAUUAGGCUCAUUUUCUGAAAGCCCAUUCUGCGAUCUUCAAUUGUCUUUGGUCAAAUUCGAGAAUCCAUAUCUGCAAUUUCUGCAAUCUAAUUUCCUUCGAACAAUUUACACCUCUGCAAGUCUUCUCACAAUCACUUUCGUAGGUAUCGCGUUAUGCAGAGUUUCAAAAGUUGGAGAAGGGGAGAAUCCGAUGGCUGAGGAAGACAUUUCUUUAUCGGCAUAUUUUGAGUUAACCGUCGAGUACACUAAACGAUCCAUUCACUGCAUGCUAUUUGUUGCCAUGACCUUCUUUGCCCGUGACAUGUUCUGGUAUUUCGUCUUUAAUCCAUCCAGUGAAGAACGUCAUAAAGAAUCAAUGCACUCUAGAAUUCUGAGAAAUUGGACACUCGACUUCAUGAAUGUGAUUCUCUCUGGAUCUCGGAUGGUUUUCUACUACUUGUUCUGUGGGAAAAGGAUGGUUUUGGAGUUUCAGCCAAAUGGAGUACGCAAUGAUUUCUUCUUGGAACUAUGA